CCUUCAAGUUUGAUUCCCUCUAUUAUGACUUUCAAGUCGAAAGUGGGAUUUCUGUCUCUUGCAGAAGAACUGCAUUUCUACAUUUUGAGCUUCCUCCCCUACAGAAAUAUUCUGCGUUGUACAUCUGUAUGUAAGGCUCUUCGCCAGACGUUCACAUCGUCCUCUGAGCUUCAGUAUAUCGUUGAACUCGGUGGCCAAGGGUUGCUACCUGUCCUCAAUACGGAAUUUAACAAGCAUGUUCCUAUUUCCAAACGCCUACAGCUCCUGAAAGACAAUGCAUCUGCAUGGUUCAAGUUCAACAUUCGCCCAGUAUCUAUCCUAGAUCACCCUGCUGCCACCCCAGUAUAUUCACCAGCUCACAGUUGGCAAAUAAAAAGAUCCUUUGUCGAUGGCCACCUCUGCCUGUUUGAUGAAACCGAGCAAUGGGUUAAGAUCUUUCCAUUAGUGCCACAGUCCUCACCGCAAAUACACCAGCGUGAGUGGUCCCCAGAAUUGCUGGGUCCCGUUCCCGACGCGUAUAUCGAUCAUGUAUGGAUCGACCCAGCACAAAACCUGAUCGCCAUCGCGUAUCACACCGAUGAUCACGAUUAUCUCAAUUCUCUGAGUUGGCCCGAUCGCCCGUUCUAUGUUGACCUCAAAGCUCUGGACGAAGAUGGUGUCCACCCCCAAGCUGCUGGACAGACGUUGUUUCUAUCUCUAUCUAAACUUCAUGAAUGUCAAGUCAGCACUUUGAAGCUCCAGGGGCACGGAAGGCAUAUUGCUAUCCAAUGUGACCUGGCGGGCACGUGGUGGUCGCAGAUCUGGGACUGGCAACACUCAACAACAUCCAACAGUGUCAUCAGUUACGCAUCAACCUCAACAGACGAAGACUUUUGUUUCCUCGGAAAUAAUAGAUUCCUGACCAUAAGGAACCUGUAUUUGUAUCUUUAUUCGAUUGAGGAUAUGUCCCAAGCACCGACAUUCCUGGCGGGCUUCUUGAUGCCCAUAUCAGCGCCGAUGUACAUCUGGUAUGUUGGUCCUACAGACGAUAUUGCUCAUGGCCCACAACCGCAGACGGAAGCACAUCAAAUACUAUGGACCUCAGAUCCUGAACAUCGAAUACUGUUCUUCGUCACGGACCUGCACCGUGUAGCCUUCGCCGUUUCCACCAAGAUUUUUUUUAAUCUUGAUCCAUUUAAAGAGACAUUGGAAGAGAUACCUUGGGAACAGUGGGGCCCUCCAAACACCCGUGGGUUUAAUCCAGCAUCCAGCUUUGGCGCUAGCGGAAAUCGAGUUUUUCAGGCCGUCCCUGUACUGGGUGCAACAGCAGAUGACGGCUCGGCUGUUAAGAAGUAUAGUUCACAUAUGAUGGACUUCAGCCCCUUGGCUGUUCAGCGCCGGCAGGGCCAAGGACGAGUGGUGAAAGAGCCAUCCACGAUAGUAGUGGAGAAUGAGUCGAUAACGACGUCCCUGCCUUAUGUCGAAGUGCUGUUGGAUGGGGAAUACAGUGCUGAUGCACAUAAUGUAGUGAAAAUAUGGGUCGACGGCUCCGAACUUUAUGUGCCUAGACUGGCGUCUCCAUCAGCUAUAAAUUGAUGUAGCAGGUUAAAGCAGAGUCACGCAAAACAAUCGAAGCCUACGUUGACAUGCUGCGAGGUGUUCAGGUUAGCAUCUUCAACAAAGCAUAGAUUACAGGCAUUACGCACAUCAUACUAGCGUGAUACAAAGUCCCUCGUCAAAUAGCACAAUCAAGAUGAAUCAGAAUCAUGAGAAUACACGAUCAAUGGUGUGGUAUCCGUUUGCAGAAUAGAUGCGCAUAUUCGUGCAGCUAUUAGACUGUCUA